AAAAAAAAAAUAUACAACCCAGAGAGUUUGUCGUGACACUGCUCUCAAGAUUUUGUCAUUCAAAACAUAGAGCGGUGAGCACUCCACUGUGUCUGUGUGAAGCAGAAAAUAUCAGCAAGGCUUGGAACAACCGAACAACUAUCGCCUCAGACUCUCAGGUAUACCAUAGCUUUGUGAGACUGGAAAGCAACAUCAUAACUUAAUUCAUUCAUAUUCAUAUAUUUUUCUAAAAUAGCUGAAACACUUAGGAACCUGUUCAAUAAGAGUCUGAUGAGGGUGCUUCAGAGUCCCCAACAUGUCAGGCAAGCUCCAUUUCAAACCCACCUCUGCUACACUUCCCAUGUCUCAUCAAGGCUGCCAGUUUGUUUUGUUUCAAUCAACCCUUCCGCCAACCCGGUAAAAGAUAUCAAGAGCAACAACAACAACAACAACAACCAGUUGAUACAGUCGUUAUGUAGAGGUGGAAACCAUAAGCAAGCCCUUGAGGUCCUGUGGAGCGAGCGCAAUCCGAGCCAUAAGACUAUUGAGGUCUUAAUACAGUCUUGCGCGCAGAAGAGUUCGUUUUCCGAUGGCCGUGAUGUUCAUCGCUAUCUUGUCGAUAGUGGUCUUGACCAAGACCCGUAUUUAGCUACUAAACUUAUCAACAUGUACCAUGAGCUUGGGUCUCUCGAUUGUGCGCGUAAGGUGUUUGAUGAAACUCGCGAAAGAACCAUCUAUAUCUGGAACGCGUUCUUCCGAGCGUUGGCGAUGGUGGGUCGUGGCGAGGAGCUGUUAGAAUUGUAUAGGCAGAUGAACUGGAGUGGGAUUCCGUCGGAUAGGUUCACAUAUACGUAUGUGCUUAAGGCUUGCGUUGUUUCAGAGUUUUCAGUCUACCCUCUCCAGAAGGGCAAGGAGAUUCAUGCCAAUAUUCUGCGACAUGGCUAUGAAGAAAACAUUCAUGUUAUGACAACUCUGUUGGAUGUAUAUGCUAAGUUUGGCUGCAUAUCCUAUGCAAAUUCUGUGUUUCGUGCAAUGCCUGCCAAGAACUCCGUGUCAUGGAGCGCUAUGAUUGGAUGUUACGCAAAGAAUGACAUGCCUGUAAAAGCACUGGAACUGUUUCAUCAGAUGGUGCUUGAGGCUUGUGAUUCAAUUCCAAAUUCAGUUACAAUGGUUAGUGUGCUUCAAGCUUGUGCAGGUCUUGCUGCAUUGCAGCAGGGAAAGUUGGUUCAUGGCUUUAUCCUUAGAAGGGGUCUUGAUUCUAUAAUGCCAGUUAUUAACGCCCUUAUAACAAUGUACGGACGAUGUGGUGAGAUUUCAAUUGGAGAAAGAGUAUUUGAUAAGGUGAAGAAUCCUGAUGUUGUUUCAUGGAAUUCUUUGAUUUCCAUGUAUGGUAAUAACGGAUAUGGAAAGAAAGCAAUUCAAAUUUUUGAAAAUAUGAUACACCAAGGAGUUUCACCAAGUUACAUAUCAUUCAUUACUGUUUUGUGUGCUUGUAGUCACGCAGGCCUUGUUGAGGAGGGAAAGAUUUUGUUUGAAUCUAUGCUUAGUAAGUACAGAAUCCAUCCAGGUAUGGAGCAUUAUGCCUGUAUGGUUGAUCUUCUUGGCCGAGCUAACAGGUUAGAUGAAGCAAUCAAACUAAUAGAAGAUAUGCCUUUUGAACCAGGACCAACAGUUUGGGGUUCCCUUCUUGGAUCUUGUAGGAUUCACUGUAAUGCUGAGCUUGCAGAGAGAGCAAGCGCUAUGCUUUUUGAGUUGGAGCCUUGGAAUGCUGGCAAUUAUGUUCUUUUAGCUGAUAUUUAUGCAGAAGCUAAGAUGUGGAGUGAUGUAAAGAGUGUGAGGAAGCUAAUGGGAAAACGUGUGCUGCAAAAGGUUCCUGGUUGCAGUUGGAUUGAAGUUAAAAAGAAAAUAUACUCAUUUGUCUCUAGUGAAGAGGAUAACCCACAGAUUGAAAAACUCCGUGCUUUACUAAUUAAAUUAUCAACUGAGAUGAAGGAGCAAGGUUAUGCCCCCCAGACAAACAUUGUUCAUUAUGAUCUUGAUGAAGGAGAGAAGGAAAGAAUUUUACUGGGACACAGUGAAAAGCUUGCUGUUGCUUUUGGACUCAUUAAUACUGUGAAAGGUGAAACCAUUAGGAUCACAAAAAACUUGAGAUUAUGUGAAGACUGUCAUGCUUUUACAAAGUUCAUUUCCAAAUUUGCUAAUAGGGAGAUUCUUGUUAGAGAUGUGAACCGCUUCCACUGUUUUAGAGAUGGAGUCUGUUCCUGUGGUGAAUAUUGGUAGUUCAGGGCAGAAUACAAUGCUGUUCAAAUGCUUCUGUAAGUAUUCUAAUAUAGAGGAAUACAUCGAAUGAUGUUAUGGCUUCAAGUUCAAACACAAAAGCUCCAAUUCUACUGCACUUUUAUUGUC